CGUGUAUUACUACUGUGCCAGUAAUUCAAAUCUCUACAUUGGGUGAAGACAUUGCAAUAGCAGUAUGAAAGCCGUCUCAAUAUUGGCGUUAUUAGUGGUCAUGGUGUGUAUAUGUAUAACGGACUCAAAAGACAUAUGGAAGCCACCCCCAGAAACCACAACUGAACCCCCAGUUACUCAGCACCAAAGAAGCGAUGAAAGAAAAACGCGAACCGCUGCCAUUGGACAUGGUGAUCCUCAUAUGAUGACAUUCGACGCACAGGAGUACGAUUUUGAAGGCUAUUGUAGUUAUGUCCUCGUCAAAGAUUGUCUAAAGAAGAGUUUCAAAAUAAUUGCCGACUUUCGUGGCCAGUAUGCGCCAAAUAAGCCCCCAACAAGAAUGGUAGCUAUUACUAUAACUGGUGAAGGAAUACCUGAAAUACGUUUACUAGAAGAUAAUACGUAUUCGAUUGGUGGACAAUUGCACAAUAAUACCAGAGAAACAGUAAAUAUCCAUCGCGACUGGGGUUUCAUUACUGUAAGAGGUAGCAGACCUACCGUGAACUUAACUGGACUCAAACUCAUUGUUAUAUGGAAUGGAGGAACACACAGAGUGAGGAUCAAUCUUGACAAUACAGACAUGCACGGACACGUGUGUGGCUUGAUGGGAAAUGCUGAUGGAAAUCCCGAUAAUGAUUACAUCAAACCAGAUGGCUCUAUUGUUUAUGAUGUCAAUGAGUUUGGAAAUAGUUGGGCUGUACCUGGAAGCUGCCCAUAGACGCACAGUGGUGAAAGUGGCACUAUAUACAUCAUUUUACGGAACACAAGACCAAGUUUCAUAUGUAAUUAUUUAAACGUAGACGUUGUGGGCUUAACAUUGGCAUGCUUACUUUAAAUCUAAUACUUAUUCUGUCACUUCUUUCGUGAAAUAAUAAAUGGGAAACAUACAAUAUAUCAUA